AAAUAAGGAGGUGCUCAUACCAUGGCUCGUACAAAGCAGACUGCCCGCAAAUCCACUGGUGGAAAAGCACCCAGGAAACAACUGGCUACAAAAGCCGCUCGCAAGAGUGCGCCCUCUACUGGAGGGGUGAAGAAACCUCAUCACUACAGGCCUGGUACUGUAGCACUCCGAGAAACCAGACGCUAUCAGAAUAGCUCAGUGCUUCUUAUUUGCAAACUCCCCUUUCAGCGUAUGGUGCGAGAAAUUGCUCAGGACCUCAAAACAGAUCUGCACUUCCAGAGUGCAGCUAUUGGUGCUUUGCAGGAGGCAAGUGAGGCCUACCUGGUUGGCUUUUUUGAGGAUACCAACCUGUGUGCUAUCCAUGCCAAACGUGUAACAAUUAUGCCAAAAGACAUCCAGCUAGCACGCCGCAUAGGUGGAGAACGUCUUUAA